AUGCAUUCGGCCUACUCCCGAGGCAAUGCGUUAUUCGCCUUCAUGCUAUGGGUGCUGUCCGCCGUGACGUUCGCCUGCUUCCUCAGCACCGUUUUCUUGGAUUCAUCGGUCAAAGUGGACGUGACGGUAUCGAAUCCCCGUGUCCGGUCGGUCGUCGAUUACGCGUCAAGCACUGAACAAUCCGAUCUCGGCCUCCUUGACUUCUCCAUCAACGUGGAUUUGACGCCAGUGUUCAACUGGAACGUCAAGCAGGUCUUCCUGUACCUGGUUGCCGAAUACUCGACCUCGGAGAACCCAGUGAAUCAAGUUGUGCUCUGGGACAAGAUCGUCCUCCGCGCCACACGGGUCGUCAUCGAUGAACGACGGGUGCAGCCAAAGUACUACUUCCUCGACGACGGCAACCACCUGCUCAACCAUAAGAAUGUUUCACUAAUUCUGCGAUACAACAUCGUCCCGAACUCUGGCUAUCUGCGGCUUGCCCAAGCAAAAGAACACACGGUCAUGACCUUCCCAUCAACCUAUACCACUUCCAAACAU